AAAAACAACUCCCCCUACAUUUUAAAUGGGUGAAACAGCUGAAGUCCAGGCUCCAUUUGUAGAGGAAACUGUAGAUAGACCGAGAAAACAAGCGAGCAGCAGAGACUUAAAGAGGAAGAGUUCCGCUGAUGAAGAAGAGUCUUCGUCCCUCGGGAAUAACAGAAGGAGUCUGAGAAGGUCAAUAAGAAGAGGGAGCUCCUUCUCCUUCCUGACACCAGGACCUCAAUGGGACUUCAGUCUGAAACGAAAGCGAAAAGAGAAGGAUGACAGCGACGCCGUCAGCCUCUGCAGCUUCGACUUCAAGGAACCCAGCAACAAGCGUGUCCGUCCUCUCGGCAGGGUGACGUCGCUAGCCAACCUUAUUUCUCCGGUGAAGAAUGGGGCCGUCCGGCGCUUCGGCCAAACCAUCCAGGCCUCCUUCCGGGGGGAUGGCAAGUCGCCGGGCGGGCCCCAGAAGCCUUGCAGCAAGGCAGCGGCCCCAACACCGCCAAAAAGGAGGAACAGCACUCUGUGGUCGGAGACGUUAGACGUCCACCAGAAGGGAACUUUCUCCACCAAAGAGAUCAAGCGGCAGGAGGCCAUAUUUGAGCUGUCUCGUGGAGAACAGGACCUGAUUGAAGACCUCCAGCUUGCACGCAAGGCGUACCAUGACCCGAUGCUGAAGCUCUCCAUCAUGUCCGAGGAGGAGCUGACUCACAUCUUCGGCAACCUGGACGCCUACAUCCCGCUGCAUGAGGACCUCCUGGCACAGCUUUCUAAAGCCACAGGGCCUGAUGGGACCGUAGGGCAGAUAGGAGAGAUUGUCGUGAGCUGGCUGCCGAGGCUCAACGCCUACAAAGACUACUGCAGCAACCAGCUGGCAGCCAAGGCUCUUCUGGACCAGAAGAAGCAGGACCGACGUGUGCAGGACUUCCUGCAGCGCUGUCUCGAGUCGCCCUUCAGCAGGAAGCUGGACCUAUGGAGCUUUCUGGACAUCCCACGCUCUCGCCUGGUCAAGUACCCUCUGCUGCUGAAAGAGAUCCUGAAACACACUCCAGCUGAGCACCCGGAUGCUGCGAGUCUGGAGGAAGCGAUCACCAUCAUCCAGGGCGUGCUAUCAGACGUCAAUAUGAAGAAGGGAGAGUCUGAGUGCCAGUACUACAUCGACAAGCUGGAGUAUCUGGACGACAGGCAGAGAGACCCUCGCAUCGAGCAGUGCAAGAGCCUGCUGUGUCACGGAGAACUGAGAAACAAGAGCGGCACGAAGCUGCAUGUGUUCCUGUUCACCGAGCUGCUGGUUCUCACACGCCCAGUCACAAGGAACGAGCGCCACUGCUUCCAGGUUUACCGACAGCCAAUCCCAGUGCAGGAUCUGGUGCUCGAGGACCUGCAGGAUGGAGACGUCAGAAUGGGCGGAUCCUUCAGAGGCGCUUUCAGCAACUCAGACAAAGCAAAGAACAUUUUCCGGGUGCGUUCCCAAGACCCGAGCCAGGCUCAGUCCCACACGCUGCAGGUCAACGACAUCUUCCACAAGCAGCAGUGGCUCAACUGCCUCCGCAGCGCCAUCUCCGUCCACCGGCCCCUCAGCGAGCCCUCCACGCCCUCCCCGCCUGCCAGCGACACUGGCUUCAAACGCCGCCCCUCCUCCGUCUCCGCCAUCAUCCACAUGGAGGAAGCGGAUGAGAACUGCCUGCAGCCGACCUCUAAAUCUGCCCCCACCUCUCCGUGUAGCAGCACCGCCCCAAGUCCCACCUCCACGUCUCCCUCGUCCCGCUCCUCGUCAUCCUCUUUGUCAUCUUCGACGUCGUCGUCGCCGCUGCUCUCCUCGCCCACAUCGCACAAAACCAAAAAGGACAAGAAGUCUCUGUGUUCUUUAGGGAAGAGAAAAGAGACGAUGGUUUGAGCUUAGAGGAGAAAAUGGACUCCUGAGCGGACAUUUGUUUGUACAUAAAAACCAACGAGGAGAAGCGUGGGACUUGUAUUUAUGUGUGUCUGCGGCGUGCGUAUUAUUACAACAGUGUUCUGUGUUACUGUCCUCUACGGCAGCUAUUUACCUUACCCCUCCAUCCGAGUGCAUCCCACAGAGAGACAGAAUUCUGGUGACGUGCACGGCCUCCCCCCCACUCUGAAAAGGGAGGCUUAAUGAAGAGCAAACACCUGUGUGUGUUGAUUUCUUAAAGAUAGAGGUGGUGCAUUCAAUCCUGUUUACUACUCAAUUGAUAUUUAAGCAUUAUUUUAGACCUUAUGUGGGGGCUAAUGAAAGUUUUACAUUUUUAUAUUCUAAAAUGUAUUGUAGUAUUUUUGUAGGUAUCAUAAAGCAGCACUGUUUUAGCCUUUAGGUGAAUUCUUUUGAGCAUGUGUGGAGCAGAAAAAGAAAGACGAGAACCCCCAAAAUGAUCAGGUGUGCUACCCAAGGAUAAAGAUUUAAGAGUAAUCAGAAGACGUCUUAUUAUUUUUAUACAUUCCUUUAAUGACAGAUGUUAGGAUCAGGACACUAUUUUUAUUAUAUUGCAUUCACUGCAGUCGGUGGCAUUGAUUUAAAUCCAGUAACUGAAGAGAUUUCAGUUUUUUUCUCUGUUAGAACAAACACAUCAUGGAGAUCAUCUGAUGUUAAAAUCGUGUCGGAGAAGAGGAUUUUCAUUUUGAAACAAAAUUUUGAACUGAGCCAUGUUGGUUUUAAGAAAAGCUGACUUUCAGAAUGAAUUAUUUUUCAGUGUAGCAUCUUGCAUGGAGCUUUAGUUGUGGACACUGCAUGCGCCCGUAGAGGCUGCAGGGUGUAUUUACUCGUCCUGAAUGGCAGGACAGUUAAACAUGUAAAAGAAGGGUUAAUAGAAAGUUGAUGAAGGCUGAAGAGAAAAGAGAAAAGACGGAAUAAGAUGUGUUUUUGAAAUGAAAGAGAGCAAAAUGUUUGACUCCAUUAACUUCCUGUUUAAGUUGAUGUGAUAAUGUUUGCUCACAGAUUGAUGAAAGAUGGUGAAAAUCAAGUUAAGCGUUAACGAUGGGACAGAAAGUAUGUGAGGAAAAGUCGACAAGAGAGAAGAGUUUUUGUAAGUGAACAAAAUGUUUGUAUUGAAGAGACGGGAAAAAAAGAAAAGAUAAAGGGGCAACGUGUUUGCCAUGAACUGUAUGUAAUUCAAAGAACAAUAAAGAUCUGUGUAAGAUUUGAAACUGAA